AUGCAAUAACCUAUUAUUGAUUAGAACAUUAUACAAUCUACAACAGUUAAAACAAUCAAAGAACUCAAAAAAUUAGGAGAUUCAAGGAUUAAUUUAGAAAUUGAGGAGAAUGAAAUUAAUGAUUCAACAUUAAGUGGAAAAAACUCUCCAGAUGGAGAUACAUCAAAAACUAAUCAUAAAAAAAUUUCAAUUCUUAAAAAACCCUAAUUUACAUAUAAUAGUUAGACUUAAAAUCGUAUUGGAUCUAUGAAGUAAACUAUUAAUAAACCUACUGAAGAAGCUGCUGAAUAAAGUAAUGGAUUCAAAAGAGCAUCUUUAAGAUAAGGUUCACUCAAACCUUUUAAACCUAAUUCAUAAUUGUAAUUAUAAGGAAAUGAUCCUAUUGAUCUCAAUAAUGCCAUUAAUUUAAUUUUAACUAAAUGUAAGAGCAUUAAGGAAGAAUUUGAACAAUUAUAACUUACAAAUACUUUGAUUAACAAAUUUAUAAAAAAUGACAAACACUUUCAUUAUUCUUUUUAGGCUUUUCUUGAUGAUUUAGUCUAAAAUGGUAAACUAUUUCAAAAUUUGACUAAUAUAUAAAAGCCUAUUUUAUAAAAAAUCGAAUAAUUUACGAUUAAUCAUGUUAAAAGGUGCAUCUAAAAAUAGUAGAUUAACUAAUAAUACGAGGAAAAGUCAAAGCAGGUUGAUACUCUAUUUAAUCGUUAUUAUAAAGAAAUAGCAAAUACUGAAUAAAAUAUAAAAUACUUUUGA